AUGUCGGAUACCGAAGACUCUGCAGCUUCAGCAAAUAGCAAGAGCACAAAGACAGUUAACAAUGGCGAUGGAGUUGUCAUCAGAAAAACCAUCUCCCCUUAUGAUAUCACUUCCAACGACAAUCCUGGAAGAUAUCCUGAAUGGUGGGGAGAUCGACCACGUGGACCAAUGAAGGGGUCUGGACGCGGGAAACCAGAACGAUCUAAUAACAGAAAUCGAGGAGGUACUGCUAAGGCUCACAUAGCACAAGCAAAAGCGGCAACAAAAGAGAUCACUACUGAUGUUCCAGAGGCUGAUUUCGGCCUUACUAGUGAUCAAUUGCAAACACUAGCUAGCCUUUUAAACAAUGUCAAACUAGGUGCUUCACACCAUUCAACUGAGAAGCUCAAUGAUAAGUUUCCGUUUGCUGCAGAAAUUGUACCGCGCCAACUUGCAUGUAAAUAUGACCACACCUUGCCCGAUGUCCCUUUUAAUAAAAAUAUUGUUGAAGAUGAUCCCCUUCAGCGUGUUGUUACUAUACCUGCUGUCCUUUCAGCUCCAGCAGUUGAAACUACAAGGUUACAUGAUCAUGAUGAAUCAAAUGGCAUGCUACCAGCUGUUCCAAUUGUAUCUCAUAUUGAAUCCUCUUCACCUGAGUCUCAUGACAUACCACCAGCUGUUGAAAUCAAUGAAGAACCGCCUACUACUGAUACAGUCGAAAAUUUGGGACGUGGCCGUCGUGUCAAGAUUCCUUCUACCAAGCUGCAAGACUUUGUGACUAAUACCAUCUCUAAGAUAUGCCCCUCAAACUGUUCCAUCGCUCCGUCACGUCCUUCAGGUACACCCUAUCCCUUAUCCGAAUAUGUGAAUUAUGCUAACUUUUCACCACAGCACAUGCAUUUUUUAGCCGCUGUUUCUGCAGCCAUAGAACCACAAAGCUUUGCUGAAGCUGUCAAAGAUAUCCGAUGGCGAAAUGCCAUGCAACUUGAAUUUGAGGCUCUUGAAAAUAAUGGGACUUGGAUAGUAGAAACACUUCCUCCAAACAAAAAGGCUAUCGGCAGUAAAUGGGUGUAA